ACGAGCGGACGGGGGCACUGGGCAUGCUCAGCGGCGGCGCAGGUUUUGGUCACAAGUAGGAAGAAGCCAGUGCACGACACCGGCAAAGAGAAGCGGGAGUCGCUGUCGCAGCGCGGCUGUGGGGUCCGUCGCCGCCGCCUCGGAGCAGGAGCGGGGCGGGCGAGGGCCGAGGCCGCCGGGCCCAGAGCCGUGCAGCCCGCCCUCCCGUCCUCCGCCUCUGUGUCCGCGCGGGGCGCCGGACCCCUGGGUCGGUCACCUGGGCGGCAGGGACCCCGCGCCGGGAGCCUGAGCGGAGCGGACCCGACCCUCCCUCCGCCGCUGCGGCCCGCGGGCGCCCCCCCCGGGGCGGUGUAGCCGCCGCCUCCUGCGGGCAGCUGAGUGCCGGUCCGGCUCGCGCCCCGCGCCCCGCGCCCGGAGCGAGUGGCGCCGGCAGUCCCGAGGAGGAGGAGAAGGGGGCCAUGGGGCUGCUGUCCCAGGGCUCGCCGCUGAGCUGGGAGGAGACCCAGCGGCACGCCGACCACGUGCGGCGGCACGGCAUUCUCCAGUUCCUGCACAUUUACCACGCUGUCAAGGACCGGCACAAGGACGUGCUCAAGUGGGGCGACGAGGUGGAAUACAUGUUGGUAUCUUUUGAUCAUGAAAAUAAAAGAGUCCAGUUGAUCCUGUCUGGAGAGGAAAUUCUCGAAACUCUGCAAGAACAGGGGGAGAGGACAAACCCAAACCAUCCUACCCUUUGGAGACCAGAGUACGGGAGUUAUAUGAUUGAAGGGACCCCCGGACAGCCGUACGGAGGAACGAUGUCCGAGUUCAACACAGUUGAAGACAACAUGCGCAAACGCCGGAAGGAGGCCACUUCGCUAUUAGAAGGCCAUCAGGCUCUUUGCACAAUUACUUCCUUUCCCAGAUUAGGCUGUCCUGGGUUUACGCUGCCCGAGUUCAAACCCAACCCGGUCGAAGGAGGAGCUUCCAAGUCCCUCUUCUUUCCCGAUGAAGCCAUAAACAAGCACCCCCGCUUCAGUACCCUAACAAGAAACAUCCGACAUAGGAGAGGAGAAAAGGUCGUCAUCAAUGUACCAAUAUUUAAGGACAAGAAUACACCAUCUCCAUUUAUAGAAACGUUUCCUGAGGAUGAUGAGGCAGUGAAGGCUUCUAAGCCCGAUCACAUUUACAUGGACGCCAUGGGAUUUGGGAUGGGCAACUGCUGUCUUCAGGUAACAUUCCAAGCCUGCAGCAUAGCUGAGGCCAGAUACCUUUAUGAUCAGUUGGCCACCAUCUGCCCAAUUGUCAUGGCUUUGAGCGCUGCAUCUCCUUUUUACCGAGGCCACGUGUCAGACAUUGAUUGUCGCUGGGGAGUGAUCUCUGCGUCUGUAGAUGAUAGAACUCGGGAGGAGAGAGGCCUGGAGCCACUGAAGAAAAAUAAGUAUAGGAUUAGUAAAUCCCGGUAUGAUUCAAUAGACAGUUAUUUAUCUGAAUGUGGUGAGAAAUAUAAUGACAUCGACUUGACAAUAGAUAAAGAAAUCUAUGAACAGCUGUUACGGGAAGGCCUUGACCACCUCCUGGCCCAGCAUGUUGCUCAUCUCUUCAUCAGAGACCCACUGACUCUGUUUGAAGAGAAAAUACACCUGGACGAUGCCAACGAGUCUGACCAUUUCGAGAAUAUUCAGUCCACAAAUUGGCAGACAAUGAGGUUUAAGCCCCCUCCUCCAAACUCGGAUAUCGGAUGGCGAGUAGAAUUCCGACCCAUGGAGGUUCAGCUGACGGACUUUGAGAACUCCGCGUAUGUGGUGUUUGUGGUGCUGCUCACCAGGGUGAUCCUGUCGUACAAGCUGGAUUUUCUCAUCCCGCUGUCAAAGGUUGAUGAAAACAUGAAAGUCGCACAGAAACGGGAUGCUGUCUUGCAGGAAAUGUUUUAUUUCAGGAAAGAUAUUUGCAAAGGUGGCAACGCCGUGGUGGAUGGCUGUGGGAAGGCUCAGAGCAGCACGGAGCCGGCCACGGAGGAGUACACGCUGAUGAGCAUCAACACCAUCAUCAACGGGAAGGAAGGUGUGUUUCCUGGGCUGAUCCCGAUUCUGAACUCGUACCUUGAAAACAUGGAAGUGGAUGUGGACACCAGAUGUAGCAUUCUGAACUACCUAAAGCUGAUUAAGAAGAGAGCAUCUGGAGAACUAAUGACAGUUGCCAGAUGGAUGAGGGAGUUUAUCGCGAACCAUCCUGACUACAAGCAAGACAGUGUGAUAACCGAUGAAAUGAACUAUAGCCUUAUUUUCAAGUGUAACCAAAUUGCAAAUGAAUUAUGUGAAUGCCCAGAGCUACUCGGACCAGCAUUUAGGAAAGUAAAAUAUAGCGGAAGCAAAACUGAGUCUUCCAACUAGACCCUCUGCAGAGGGCAGAGCGCCCUGCUGCCGGCGGUGCCGCCCGCGUGCGCCGCACGGAGACCAAACCAUACAAGUGCACUGCGUCCUGGGCCACUCGUCCAGAAGGGAUUGGAGGCUGCCUUCAGUAGGCGAACCUAGAGUUUAUACAGUGUACAUGUACAGAGUAAAGUAUUUUUAUGAUUAACAAUGUAUUUUAAUAACAUUGUAUCUAAAAGUCGUUGCGAACUGGCGUGUACAUUUUUCCAUUCUGACUCUAGAACAACUACUGUCUCAGCAGUUUUGUAAAUGUAACCCACUGGUCGUUGUGCUAGACCUGCAUUCCAGAGUUUACAAGGUUUACUGUAAAUUUUUGGGUUUUUUUAAGGACUUUACCCGGGGACCUGAUUCACUGAAACUGAUCGCUUCAUUUUAAAACCAGUUUGUCUGGCUGACUUCCUCUGAGCCAUCGCCCCUGUUGUGUGCAUAGGAUCAGCGUGGAUCCGCCAAGGAGCUCCCAGGACAGCUUGGGUCUCUGGCACCUUGCCGACGAUGUUUCUUUCGCAAUCAGAAUAGCUAACCCCUGGGUCCCCCUGCCCCAAGCUUUCACCACUAAAUGAAACCCGUGAACUAAAGGCUGUCAGAGGAGGGACUUCCCUUCUUUGUUUAUCUGUUUAAAUUUGCUGGUUAAGUUUGAAGACAACUCUGUAGGCAAAAAGGAGACUAUUACCCCAGGUUCACGUGUGGUGUUUACUGGGGGUGAUGUUUUCUUAAUUAAAAAGGGGGAGACUCGUUUUCCUUCCUGCGCUUACCAAGAGUAAUGUCAAAAAUGGCCCCAGCCCUUCUGUUGAGGCCCUUAUACACUUAAAUUUUAGAUCAAAUGCAGUUGCUGAAGUUUUUGUUUUGUUACUUUUUUUCUAGUUUGCAGACAUUCUUCUGAAAGCCGUUCUUACCUGGGGAGGAUUCUUCUCAGUGCUUCCCUUCUCCGUGACACGCAUAAAGCAAUCAUGACAUGCACUAAGUUUUGUGAAUCAGGACCCUACAUGUUUAAUUGUAAAUAAUUUCUCAUAAUUGUUAGAGCUUUAUGUUGAAGGUUUGUUUUUUUUUUUCCAAUUAGUUAAAAGUCUUAACUGCUUCUAAAAUAACUAUGUAUAGUAGAUUAUCCAAACCUUUACCGGCAUAAAUAUUUAAACUGUAAUGCUAAUUUUAAGAAAUUGCAAUAAAGCUGCUUCAGUUAAGCCUCUUAACGUAUA